AUGGAUCCCGCACUACACGACCACUUGCGCGCGAGCAUUCAAAGAACCUAUGAUUAUGAGGAUCCUUCUCCGCCACAAACACCAAUAUACUCAUCAAGGCAUGGAUAUCUACUCCCCUUCUAUCCCCUCGAAAUCACCUACCAAGGCACCUCAGUAACCAGUAUACGUCCCACAAUCCCGGACACCACAUCAACUCCGCCCACCAGAACAGUCGUCCAAACCAGAAUCACAUCUUCUUCUUCAUCACUCAACCACCAGAUCUCCCGCAGCACAGAAUCACAGUUUGCAGUUCCCGCCCAUAUAUUCGCAGAAUCGUGUCCCAUGUGUGAUGAAAUGGCACUCGAGACCACCGAGGGAAGAGUUCCUUUGCGCUACCCUCAAGGCUGGAAGCUAAUUUACGUGGGUGGAGCGGCAGAAGUGCGAGCCAGAUCAGCAAACCGCCACGCCCACCGCAACCUCGACAAACCGGAAGAAGAACAAAAAGCCACAGAACGAAAGAAAAUCGCCACACCAAUACCAGAAACCAAAACACCUUCAUCAAACCCUUCAUCAAAAGAACCCAAAAAGAAGAAGAAAAAAAGAAAAAGAACCCUGCCCAAUCUGCACAGAUCCAACACCAACCCUCCACCUCCUCGACUGCACCCACACCUUCUGUCCUCCCUGCCUAACACACUGGCAACAAACCUACACAGAUGCCAUUCUCGAAACCUGGCUCCACAACACACCAAUCCUACUUCUACACUACCCAGUCCUGAAAGCCGUGUUACAGUCAAGGUUUACUUGUCCAAUGUGUAG